CAUCGAACUGCAAUAUAGUCAAAGAGCAGAAGGGAGAGAGAAAGAAAAGAGAGAGACAGAGGGAAGGAGAGAGAGAGAGAGAGAGAGAGAGAAAAAAAAGUGCCACAGGAUGUAAUUGAUUGUCUUGCUAUCAAGAAUAACUUGUUAGUAAUAGUCAAUUCUGGCUGCUUUUGAGGCUGACUGUUUCCACUGAAGCAUCAGAGCUUGUCAGGCUGCUUACAGGAGCUGAGGACAGCAGACGUGGCUUUUUAAAGAAAGACUUAAAGUUUUACAACCCUGCGGCAAAAGCAGCAAAAUGCUGCUGAUCAGCUUCUAAUUCCACGGAUUUUGGGAUAUAUUCACUUUCAAGUUGCUCUCUGUUUGUCAACAGUUUUUAUAAACUGAGCUGUUUUGCAUUGUGCGAAUUCUAACUGGAAAAAAAAAUUCAAAAACUCUAGCGUUAUUCAAAACAAGCUAAAAAGACAAACAAUGACCUCCAAAGAAGACGCAAAAGGCGCCUCUGUUGAGGAUCGAAGGCGCAGUCCGUUGGACCAUCUUCCUCCCCCUGCUAACUCAAACAAGCCCCUCACUCCGUUCAGCAUAGAGGAUAUUUUAAACAAACCUUCUGUCAAACGAAGUUACACAAUUUGCGGCACAGCCCACCUGCUUUCGUCCGGUGAGAAGCUCCCAUCCACUGGCCAUCCCCUCUCCAACCGCGCGUUGCUUACCCAGACAUCUCCACUGUGCGCCUUGGAGGAACUCGCCAGCAAAACCUUCAAGGGUCUGGAAGUCAGUGUUCUACAAGCGGCAGAAGGAAGAGACGGCAUGACACUCUUCGGUCAGAGGAAUACACCUAAAAAGAGGAGAAAGUCGAGAACAGCCUUUACCAAUCACCAAAUUUACGAACUGGAGAAAAGAUUUCUCUAUCAGAAAUAUCUGUCUCCUGCUGAUCGGGAUCAGAUCGCUCAGCAGCUCGGGCUCACGAAUGCUCAAGUCAUCACCUGGUUCCAGAACCGUCGAGCCAAGCUCAAAAGAGACCUGGAGGAGAUGAAAGCGGACGUGGAAUCGGCCAAAGCAGUAGGCUCAGUACCUUUUGAGAAAAUCGCCAAAUUGGCAGAACUAGAGAAAUGCGUUAAUGGCACUCUCGGAGAGUCACGGGCCAAGUCUCCAUCACGAUCUAACCACGAGCACGAGGGCACCAACAAACUCCACAUGUCACCAUCAUCACCGUUUACAGACCUCACAACGAGCAAAGAGUGCUCAGAGAAUGAAGACGAGGAAAUUGAUGUCGAUGACUGAUUUUCGUUGAACAGCAUCGGUAUUAUUUAUCUUUUUUUUCUGAGAUGGUCCUCUAAAACCAUAGAGUUGAAAGUGCCAUUAAUGCACCAAAUGUAUUAAAUGACUUGUAUUAAAAGCAAAUAUAAAAAGGAGAGAAAAAAAUCAAAGCAAGCAUGGGACAGUUUCUUCAGAUCUAUUUAUGCAGUGGCGGCAUUGUAAUCAUUUAGCCUAUUCGUUUAAACAGAUAGCUGAAGAGCAAUAAGUAGCCUACCUUGAUAAUAUUUCAGUUAGAUAUAAACACACACACACACCGAAAGCACGACUGCCCACGUAGAUCUUUUUUUUACUUCCGGUUCUGAGUAAGUUUAUUGCAUGUUUUAUUUUGUUUGACGAAAUAAUUUUAGUUAAAAAUGGCUGCAGAUUUUAUACUGAUAUCUCAAAAAUACCCGAAUCUUAAUUCACACGCGCAGCCCCUGCGUGUCCCUGAUAAUGCCUUUUGGCCUUUGACUAAAUCGUUUGAUAAAAGAGUGUAUUAUAAAACAUUUCCAACAAAAUUUAUCGCAGGAAAAAAAAUCGACUUCUCUGAUCAAAUCUGGAUUGUCACAUUUUAAUAUAUUUCUUAUAGUUUGUAUGCCUGUAAGUGCCUUUUUAAGCCAGGAAACCAUUUAAACCAAGUGUACGAAGUGUAUUGUAUUUAAAAUGAAAUAAAAAUGUCUUUCUCUACAUUUUUGACGUAAGUCUGAUAGUUUUAUUUAUUGUUUUGGAAAUAAGCAAUCGAGGUAGCCUAAUACAAACCAAACAUUUAGCUUGUGUAAAAGUAAAUUUUUCGGAGCCUACUUUUAUUUCAUUCUCCAACACUUUAAAAAUGCAUUGAAUGUUUUUUUAGAUUUGACAUUUUACGCUUUUGAUUUUCAGAAUAGCAUUACAUGUUUUCUUGUCCCCACGAUGUGUUUCAAUAUCCACAAUGGAUGUGUGUGAGAAACAGAAAUCUGGAUUGAUGAAUGCGCGCAUAAAGGAUGCCCAAAAACGCAGGGUUUUUGGCCCGUUUCUCUGCGGUUGAAGGACGCUAUUUCCCUGCAAAGCGAAGAGAGGCAGUCAUUUCUAGCGUAAGGCGUGAAAACUGGGAACAAAUGAGCAGUCUCCCCUGAUGUGACAAGCUACAAUGAAGCAUGCUCUGCCUCCCGCGGCUCUCAAUACGGAGACAAGCGUGUCCCACCGAAUAAAAAGGACACAAACGUUUGGAGGCCAUAUGGUUUUUGAAUUUUCCUCACAAUUUUCAGACAAUUUGAUGGAUCGAGCUGGCCUUCUUUUUAAAGCGUUUCGCUCAGUUUUCACAAAGGCAAUAAUGCGCACAGGGGCGAGGGCAUCUGGGCCUAUUAAUGUCCCCUCUAUUCUCUCUUUUCACUUGGCUGUUUUAAACAAGUCUAUGAAUUACAAUGAUACUGACUCGACUUGUUAAGAGGUUGUCGUCUGCCUUUGUUUGUUUGAGUGUUUGGCUUAAAAUAAUAAAGUUAACAUUUUGGCUACACGUAAAAG